UGUUAUUAAAUAAUAACAGGCCUUUUUUAAAAAUCGUGUCGUUGUUGAAAAUUUAUUAACAAAAACAGAAAACUCAUCGUGGACAAAGCAAGGUAUCAAAUUUAAUUAUAAAAAAAAAAUGUUAUUUAAAUAUCUUCUUCUGAUAUUAUAUUACUGUAUAUUAUUAAAUACAUGUUUUUUUUUUUUGCUUUUUCUUUUCUAGGAAUUAUUGCAUCAACUGUGGACGUAGAACAAUUACCAUGUUCUGUUAUAAAUAUGUCUUUUUUUGAUAAAUUACGUAAUCCAGAUAAUGGAAUAAUAAGUAUUUCUGGUGUUAUUCGUAAAAGAUAUGAUAGCGAAAUUCAUGAUUUCCUUGUUUCUGACAAAUUAAGAGAGAUGUUAUUGGAUGAAGAGUCAGAACAAUAUAAUUUAUAUACGAAAGAUGAAAGAAACGAAUUUAUUUUUUGCAUUUUUCAAAUGUUAGUACUUGGUGGAAGUUUGUGUCAAUACGAAGACACUUUGGAACCAUAUCUUACUAUUACAAAACGGAUGUAUAAAGAUCUCAUAAGAGUAGAAAAACGAAAAAAUUCCGAAGAAUUAUCUAUCAGUACAAUUGUUUUAAAAGUUAUAGCUAAAGAUAAUAAAAAUCGAGAAUAUUAUCCAAGUAAUACUUCUUGUAAUAUACAGAAUAUUGGAUUUCUAUUGAUCGAUGGAAAUCUACGUGAAGUUACAACGUUUCUACAUCAGUUCUGAUUGAUAUUGUGUAAUUACUUAUUCACAUUCUUCAUUUGUAAUUAAUAAUACGAACAAAUACAAAGAGA